AUGUACAGCUUGCCAAUGACGGCUGUCGCUGGCGCCCCCUUUCUCUAUCGUUUAAAUCGCACUAAAACUCAAAUUGAUGGAAGCUCCAGGCCCGGCAAGAUUGAAGCCAGCCCUGAUGGCGAUGCCUUGGUCGUCCAUUUCACCUCCGAGAUCACCCACUUGGAUGAGGAUGGCAUGCCCAUCAAUGUGGAGAAGAUGCCAGACAAGCGCGAGGUGCCUAUUGGCGAAGCCAUGCGAGGUCUCCGUGAAGAGGAUCUACCUGCGCUGGCACAGGAGAUUGUCGAGAAGUGUCGCUACAUCCCUGAAAGCAAGACUUCGCAAGUGACGAAGGUUAUCAAUCAUGGCAGAGGUGCGCCAGACCGCCGGAGGUCCACCCUUUGCCUGGGCUUGACGGAGAAGGAAAGCACUCAAGCCACUGCAGAAGCGAGUGCCUCCCGGUCGACGCUUCCUCCAGGCGGCAAAUCCACAAUCUGCCUGGGCAUGGACAGCAUUCAACAAGUCCCGAAGCGCGAGACCCUGGCACCACCAGGCGGCAAAUCCACAAUCUGCUUGGGAAUGGAGACAGCCGCUGCCGCUCCGCUGUCAUCCAACGCUUUCGCUUGUGGUGCGCACCAGAACUCCGGAAACGUGCUGACCGAGCGGCCCACGACAAUGCUCUCAGCUCCACCCGGUGGCAAGGCCACUCUCUGUUUGGGAAUGUACUCCCCCGACACGGAGCACUUCGAGCCAAAGCAGGCAAAGGAUGGAGAAACUGAGACGAGCUCCCGGCCGCCUGCGGGGAAGAGCACCUUCUUGCGAUCUACCGGGACCGAGACUGUCAACCUAUCCACCCGCCCAGUCGGUGGAAAGGACCACAUCGUCCUGGGCGCUGAGAUUUUGGAGCUUCAAGACUCCGCAAAUCGGGUUACGGCGGGUGGAAACAGCAGCAUCUGCUUCGGGACGGACACCAGUGAGUGGCGGGUCUCCUCCAAAGCCCUUGGACAGCCGCCAGCUUCCGCUUCCGCAGCUUCGGCUCCGGGCUCCGAGUCCGCUGAGGAGGAGAAGGACGCGCCGGCAGUGGCAGUCCCUGCGAACGAGAUGGAUCCUCUGGAGGCACCAGUGAGCGAAGAUCAGCCUGAAAAGGGGGAGGCUCUCGCCCCAACUCCUGCGCGGGUCCCACCCGGAGGGUUGGCCUCUGUGGUGCUGGGAACUGCCAGCGAGUGGAAGAGAGAGGAUCCUGACGCAAAGCUCGAGGUCAAGCACCUGAAGCAGGAUCUGCCCACGCCUGCACGCAGCAUUCGUGCACCACCCGGUGGCGCAAUGGGCCAAGACAGCCUCAAGUUCCAAAAGUUCCUCAAGCCGAUAUUUGGUGUUGUGUCUUGCAGCGGCAGGCCAUUCAGCAAGGAUUUCGGCGCAGGUGCCACGCAGUCCUCCACGAAUCGGACUUCCGGUGGCGACUCCGUGCUACCCGCGCAGCUAGAGGACCUGCUGCCCAGUGCAUCCGUCCGAAACUUGGACGAAUACGUAGAGGAGCUCUACGAGGAGCACAUGGACAUGAAGGUCCGAGGUGCUCAAAGGCUUCUCAGACUUUGCACGGAGGCUGUCACGCAGAUCGCCAAGCAAAACACCUGGACUUCGGAGCAGUCUUGGCAGGUGCUGAGUCGGGAGCUUCGCGAAAAUGCCAAACGCAGCUACGAGCUGGCUGUGGCCAUCACAGGCAUCUUCCUAAUCCUUGCGAACUUCUCCUGCUUCCACGUCGCCCUGAAGCGACACCAAUGCGGGGAGGUGACCAUGCGCGUUCUUGAGUAUGAGAGCAAGCGGCGCAAUGUGAUGAAGAACGAAUUGGUGCAGACACAAGAGCAGAUGGCGAAUUCGCAGCUGCCUGAUGAGCGGACCCGACUACAGCGCACCCUCGGCAAAUGUCGGGCGCGCCUUGAACGACAGGACCACUUGCUGCAGAUUUGCCUUUUGGUCCUCCGUGCAAUGUCGGAGGAUACUGCUCAGGAGUUGAAAUUUGUGAAGCAGAAGCUCUGCCAAAUGCUGGUGCCGAUGCUCGGCAGACAGCACGAGGAUCUGCUCUUGAGCACUCUGAGCAUGUUGCACAAGCUCACCAUCUUCGAGCAGAACAAGGACCAGCUCUUGAAGGAGGAGGUCUUCCAGCGCUUGGCGGAGCUCCUGGGCCACCCGGCCAGCGAGGUCGCCUUCCUGGCGAUGAGAGUGUGUUACAACCUCUCCUUCGACUCCAAAGGUCGAGCCUUCCUCGUCAGCCAGAGCAACGUGGUUGCCAGGCUGAUGGCCGCAGCCAUCACGCCACAAAGCGCGAAGCCACCCUUCAAAGCGGUUUCCCUGAGGCUGCUCUACCACCUCACGCUGGAUCCUGCGGCGAGGUCGACCCUGACGAGUCGCCACCCGACCAUCGCUUCCAUGGCACUGCAGCUCGUGGCACAGAGCAAGGAGAAGGCCCGGGCCUGGAUUGCGCUGCAGUCAGCAGUCUGCUGCAGUGAGCAACAGGAGCCGGAGGCACUCGCUCUGCUUCUGAACCUCGCAGCGGAUGAGGCGGCUGCCUGCUUGCUCUUGGCAGAGGAGGCCUUUGUGACGGUGGCGUUGCGGGGCAUCAAGGGCAGCCAGGUCAUCCUCAAGGUCUUGCGGCACAUUGCUUCCCACCAAGCGAGCCGCUCCAUCCUCCUUGACGUGAUGGGCGGAGGUCCUGAUGCCCCUGGCUCAAGCCACGCUUGGCUCUUGGAGUUGGUGCGACUGGCGCAGAGCACAGCGGCCGACAGGCACGACGUGCUCGUUGAAGCCUUGGGCAUCCUCGCAGCCCUUGACUGCAGCAGCCCAGAGGUUCCCUGGCCUGAGCUUUGUGAAGCUGGCCUCCUCGAACUCUUACCAAGGCUCUUAAUGGUCGGCUUCUCCGAGGACGAUGUGGUCCUGGAGGCCGUCAUGCUGCUCAGCGUCUUGGCCCUGGAUCCGCCCUCGGCGGCGCUGCUGGCGAACUCCAAGGUCAUACACCUGUUGCCAGACGUGAUGGCCGCCAAGACGAAGGAUGCAGAUCUCAUGGUGCAGUCGAGCUUCUUGCUCCGUUGCCUCAUCAUGUCCGAUGCGACGCGAGAUGCAGUUCUGCAGACGGACGCCCCUGCGCGUGUUCUGGAGCUUCUGCGGUCUCCAGAGCCUGCGGUGCAGGAUGCGGCACACGAGCUCUUGGAGAUCAUCGCCGCUGCCGAGGCACAGGCCGGGCGAGCGAGCCGAUGGACCAAGCAUCUCCAGGAGUACAAGUACAAAGUGCACAACAGCGAGUGGCUGGAUGCCGAGAGCGAGGCCAAGCCACGCCGCACUAAGGAGCCUGAGCACCGGUCGCCUUCGCGGGAUCCGUCCAAGCGGAACGCUCUCACUGCGACUGCGGCGACCGCCACCGGAGGCUGGGGCGAAUCCAGCGACCUUGAAGACCGCCGGGAAGAGAAGCGAGGGAGAAAAAAACGUGUGAAGCCCCGGUCUCAGGGUCACGAAGACACAACAUGA